UACCGGAAAUAAGCAUGUGACGACAUGCAGAACCGGAAGAGGUGGGUGAGGAGCGAAGGUCCGACCUACAGCGAAACAGCAGUAGUAAUAAAUAAUAAUGCUAAAAGUACAACAACAACAAACAAAGUAGGUCUUGUGUGCGCUCAGUAGACUGACACGGUUUAACGUCACAGCUGGAUUUAUCCCAGAAAGACAGCCGAGCAGGGAGCCGUGUCUGCUUUUAAAGGCAGGCUUGGAGCGGAGUUGGACCAGAUAAGCAGCAUCGACGCGGGACUAUGGCAGGGCGAGGGGGGUGUGUGCUAUACACUUUUAACAGAUCCCCGAUUGCCCUUAGCUUCCGAGCUCUGGGUUUUUCACACCUCCCCCCGACCUGUUAGUUGGUAGUUUUUUGGAGAAACACAUGUCCUUCUUCGCUUUCUCAAGGUUUCUGAAUUGAAAACGCAGAGACUUAAAUCGCGAUCUUAAAGUCGGGUGUUAAACUUGAGCCACUUCACCAUCCAGCUGUAAACCUGUAUGGAGAGCACCGACACAUGAACCCUAUCCACCAGCAUUCUCAUAGUAUCGGGGCUUGUUAACUUUCUUUAAAAGCGACAUUAUUGUCCAUUUUCUGCCGCGAUGCCCCUGUUGUUCUUGGAGAGGUUUCCUUGGCCCAGUCUGCAGACUUACACAGCCCUUAGCGUGGUGCUGCUCGCCGGGAGUAUCCUGAGCGCAUACACCGCUGUGAAGGACCUGGCAGUGGACAGUCCGAUGGCCGACGACCGGCCGCUCACCCUUGAAGGAGAUGAAGAGCAUGAAUUUCGGGGUCCUGCCCAAGCCACAGACGUGCUGCAGUAUCUAGCUAAGGAUAGCCUUUUAGUGUGGGUGCUCGUGAACACAGCUUGCUGUUUGCUCAUGUUGGUCGCCAAGAUGAUUCAGUGCAUGGUGUUUGGACCUCUCAGAGUCAGCGAAAAGCAGCAUCUGAAGGACAAGUUCUGGAACUUUAUUUUUUACAAAUUUAUCUUCAUCUUUGGGGUACUGAAUGUGCAGAACCUGGAGGAAGUUAUUUCAUGGUGCCUGUGGUUUGCCGUCCUCGUCUUCCUACACUUGAUGGUCCAGCUCUGCAAGGAUCGUUUUGAAUACCUCUCCUUCUCACCCACCACCCCGAUGAGCAACCAUGGGCGUGUGCUCUCCCUGUUGGUAGCCAUGCUGGUGUCCUGUUGCGGAAUGGCCGUGCUCUGUGGCUUGCGGGAGCACCCCCACGGACUGCACAGUGUGGCCUUCAUGGCCGCUGAGUGUCUGCUGGUUACCAUUUGCACUGGACAUGUCAUAAUAAGGUACACUAUUCACCUGUGGGAUCUGAACCAUGUGGGCACUUGGGAGAGCAAAGGUACCUAUGUGUACUACACUGACUUCAUCAUGGAGAUGGCCCUCCUUUCGCUGGACCUGAUUCAUCACAUCCACAUGCUGCUCUUUGGCAACAUUUGGCUGUCAAUGGCCAGCUUGGUGAUCUUCAUGCAGCUCCGCUACCUGUUCCACGAAGUGCAGCGACGCAUCCAGCGUCACAGGAACUAUCUGCGUGUCAUCGACAGCAUGGAGGCCAGGUUCGCAUUGGCCACCCCAGAAGAGCUGGCAGACAAUGACGACGACUGCGCAAUCUGCUGGGACUCCAUGCAGGCGGCCCGCAAGCUGCCCUGCGGCCAUCUGUUCCACAACUCCUGCCUGCGUUCCUGGCUGGAGCAAGACACCUCCUGUCCCACCUGUCGCAUAUCACUGAGCAUCACCGAAGGCGGCCAGAUGCGGAAUGACCAGCAGAGGGAGCUUCUCAAUGAUGGCAUUGGCGCCGUUGUUGGGGCGGACGCUCACCCACACCACAAUCAUCACAACCACUUCUUCCACUUUGACGGCUCUCGCAUUGCUAGCUGGCUGCCUAGUUUCUCAGUAGAAGUUAUGCACACCACCAGCAUCCUAGGAACGACACGGGUCAAUAACUCCCAGCUCAAUGCCAUGGCUCAUCAGAUCCACGAGAUGUUUCCCCAGGUGCCCUACCAACUGGUACUGCAGGACCUGCAGCUCACACGCUCCAUAGAGCUCACCACUGACAACAUUCUGGAGGGACGUAUCCAAGGGGUCUCUACCGCACAGCCCAGCGAGCACGCCCCAUUCCAGGAAAGCCAAGCCUCAGAGGAGCAGACGGGGGCCAGAGGUGGGAGGGAGGAGGCGCCGUCUGCGGAGGCACGGGGAGGCCGCUUCUCCAAGUCGGCGGUGGAGAGGCAGAGAAUGCUUCUGCAGAGGAAGGAGGAGCUGCUUCAGCAAGCGCGCAGGCGGUAUCUGAGUAAGACCCCAGAGGAAAGAGAUGAGGACGGCCUGGAGGGUGAUGCUGUCUCCCCGGACCCUGUGGUGCUGCGUCGCCGGAUGCUGGCAGCAGCUGCGGAGAGCAGACACCACUGGCCCCCAGACGAGGACCAGCACCAGGAGCAGGACCUGUCCCAGUGAGGCUGGCCCAGAAGCCUAUCGUGCUUCACUUUCACACCAGCAGUGAUCUCUUAGCCCCUCUACCUGUGGGGAGACUCCUCCCCCUUAGAAUUAUAGGGCUCUGACAUUAGUCCAACAGAUAAAUACUGAGACAAAAAUCUUAGAUUAUGAAAGUUAUUUCAGGUGUUUAACAAAGUGUAGAGAAGAUUCUCUGCCAUUCACUUUAAGCUGAACUUGUUGGAGCAUUGAACUGGUAUCUGAUGACUUUGUAUUUAAGAGCCACAGAGUUACAGAACAUCUGUCUGAUCAAACCCUCUAAUUCUAAGCUUCAAAAUGCUGAAAAGAUGAAUGGUUUUCUACUGGAGUUGUUCUAUACACACAAAGGUGUUAUAUUUUGCUAAGCUGUGACAUUGCUGUGAAAGAAAAUCUCUUAAAGGGACUUGAGUAUGUAAAGGACUUAAAAGCUUUAAUUAAUCUCAUCCCAGGCAAAGCAUGGAUGUUAAUGAAGAGUAUGGACAGGGCUUGCCUUGCUUGUAGGUUUCUGAAGAAUUGUUUUAGCUGUUACCUACCUCUGUGUGGUCGGUAGAGUGAGACACAUAAUGACUGUGCUCUGGUUGGGUUUGCCAGAGGUUGGAUGGAUGGCACAACGAGCAGGAUGUUUUCUUGGUUUGGAUAAGAGGGGCUUUUCUGGGUUCUGGUUUGUUUUUGAAUGUUAUGUGCAGGAUAAAUUUUAUGUCGGUUUUUAAGUUGUGAAUUCAGAAGGCUUAUCAUAUAACUGGAACAUUAACAAAAAAGUAGUGAUGGGCAAAUGAAACUUUAUGAACCAUUUUCUGCAUAUUCUGAUCCUACUAGAUGGUGCUCUUGGUUUACGUUGAACCCUUUUUUGAACAGAGAGCACCAUCUAGUGGUGUCACAGAAUACAGCAAAUGGUUCAUGAUGAUUCAUCUGGUCAUUACAAAAAAGCAAAAAACUUCCAAAGAGGAGAACCUCCCCAGUGUUAGUCUAAAAUAUGAAAGUGCUGUUUAUAGAAGGUGAGCUGAUGACCGUGAGGCAUGUUCUGCAUGUGUUUGAAGAUACGUGGAGGGGUUCGCGUCAAGUGUCCAGUGAGGAAUUCUGCAGUACGGUCUGAUGCAGAAGUGGCAAUAUGAACCGUGGGGAUCAAGUCCUAAUGUUCUCCAGUCUAAGAGUCAAGCUUAGCUGUAUUAGCAUUAUUGAACUAAUGCCCUAUAUGUGCAUAUUCCUGUUCUUAUAAUAACAACAUUGCUUGCAUUAAAUGCUGCAGGGUUUAAGCUUCUUAACCUUGGAUUGCUUUUGGAAUGGUUACGCUUGAGGUGGGCCUGCUCCUUUCUGCUUGACCCUGCUUCGCUUUUAUUGGUCAAUGUCCUAACUGUCCUCGGAGUGGGUAUUACCACACUCUUUAUCUGCAGCUAAGGAUGCAGGUGAAGUCUUGAUCUGUCACUUAACCCAAGGGCUAAAAUAACUGGCUGGGCGUUCCCUGUUUACUUUACAGACUUUGCGAGGCUUGUUGUUUUUAACAAUUUAUGUGUCUGUCUGACAAACGUAUAUGUGCUCACAGCAUGGGCAGCUUCCAUCUAAUAGGAAAACCGGAAUCUAUAAUGUGACUCUUCUCGUCUGUUAGAUCUGUCCCAUUGGUGUCAGUGCUUGUUCAUGCAUUAUAUGUUCAGUUCCAUUCAGUUGUGCGUUACCGCUUGUUUAAGUUCAUUUAAGUAUUGGAUUGAGACUUAUAGGUUCUGGUCAUCACUUAGUCUGUUGACAUUUCUGGUCUUGUUACUAGAAUUCUGUACCUUUUGCCUUGAACUAGCCCUGUGUACAUGUAAUAACAGUAACUGUUCUGCCAGUGGUUUGGUAGGAACACAGUUAGUGUUAAAGUAUGCUGUCAGUUCCGCCUAUAUUCACAUAGCUGCUGCAGAAUCAGUGUACGGAGACUGUCAGUUUUUGGCAAACUCUACCUGUCUGUUCCUUUGUGUCCCCGUUAUCGUCAAUGUGACGCUUUCCUAUGCAUGUACCUGGCUAUCCCAGGGAGGGACACACUGGGACCUGGAAACCUUUCCAAAGAGCUUAUAGCAGAUAAAAACUCCAAAGCAAAGUCUUCUGCAUUACUUGUGAUGUGAUGCAGUUUUUCAUGCCAGUGGCACUCACUGCAUUUUGGUUUGUCACUAUGCAGGAUCCAUUUUGCAAAAUCAUCCAAUUGCACUGAGACUCUGUCUUCAGCCGUAGUUUUACACACGUAAGAAACUGCAGUUUGAUUGCUUUAUAAACGAAAUGUUGUGCCUAAAUCAACAAUGUAUUAAUGACGCAAUGAUUUUGAAUUUGCAAAUUAUUUUGUAAUUAAGUGUAUAAUAAAUGUAAAUUAUCCCUGUGUAAAAUUAAAGUUACUACUGGGACCCUCUUACUCCUUUCUCAUCAGUUGGGAAAAUGUAGUUCCGCAGCAAAACUAGCAGUUUUUUUUUUAUUUUUAUUUUUUUUUAAAGUACUACGUCGUACCACUGGAGGGCAGUAUCUACUUGUGCUUUAGGGUUCAGUAAAUGAAGGGCUAUGACUAACUUGA